UGUAAAUUAUCUCUAUUAAUGUGCAAUUGUUAAUUUGAAACUUUUGUUAUUUGCUUGCUUGGGUCCUAGGUUAGGGAGCUCAAGAUGGAAGGACCAAAAAAUGGCUCACUUAAAAGUAUGCCACGCAGAGUCUUUUUAAAGGCCUGAAUAGUUCUUUCUAAAUUUGCUCAGUCAAGAAAAGGAGUAAUAUCGUGGAAUCUUUCAAUAUCCAGUAUUACAAAGAUGGCACUACUAAAAGUCAAAUUCAACCAGAAGAAAAGGGUAAAACUAGCUCAGGGACUAUGGCUCAUGAACUGGUUUUCAGUGUUUGCAGGAAUCAUUGUUUUUAGCAUGGGAUUGUUCCUCAAAAUUGAGCUCCGGAAGCGAAGUGAAGUGAUGGACAAUUCUGAAAGCCAUCUUGUGCCCAAUUCUUUGAUAUUGAUGGGUAUAUUAUCUUGCGCCUUCAAUGCUCUUGCUGGCAAAAUUUGCUAUGAUUCUCUAGAUCCAACUAAAUUUGCAAAGUGGAAGCCUUUGCUGAAACCUUACCUGGUGUUAUGUUUCUUUUUUAACUUCUUCAUUUUUUUCAUUGCUCUGAUUUGCUUUCUCAUGAGGGGCUCUCUGGAGACAACAUUAGCAUAUGGGCUAAAGAAUGGCAUGAAGUUCUACAGGGAUACGGAUACCCCAGGAAGAUGCUUCAUGAAGAAGACAAUUGACAUGCUCCAAAUUGAGUUCAGAUGCUGUGGAAACAAUGGCUUCAGAGACUGGUUUGAGAUUCAGUGGAUCAGCAAUAGAUACCUGGAUUUUGGCUCCAAAGAAGUGAAAGAUCGAAUUAAAAGCAAUGUGGAUGGAAAGUACUUGGUUGACGGAGUCCCCUUCAGUUGCUGCAAUCCUAGUUCCCCAAGACCCUGCAUCCAGUACCAAGUCACUAACAACUCGGCUCACUACAGCUACGACUAUCAAACAGAGGAGCUCAACCUAUGGAACCGCGGCUGUAGGGAGGCACUUCUGCUCUACUACAGCAGCAUGAUGAGCUCUAUGGGUGGCGUUGUCCUCUUUAUCUGGCUUUUUGAGGUAUCUGUGAUGGUUGGUUUGCGUCUUUUGCAAACCGCUCUGGAAAGCAUCGCAAAUCCUGAGGAUCCUGAAUGUGAAAGCGAGGGGUGGCUCCUGGAGCAGAGCCUGACAGACACUUUCAAAUCCGCAUUAGAAAGUUUGAAAAAGAUUGGUAAGUUCAAUCAGGUGGAUGCAGGUGCUGAAGGGGCUGAAGGCGAAGAAGGUGGAAAGACUCCAGCCAUCACAACAGUCAGUUGAGCUUCUCGACUGAGGUGGACUUUAUCAAAGAAAAAUGAAAAAAACUGAGAAUUGUGAAUACGUACUUUAGAAAAAUGUAUAAACCAUCACAAGUAUACAUUUCUACAUACUUUUUUAUAUGUGGGGUAUGCUAUAUAGUGCACUUUGGGAUAUCAUCUUUACCUAUGUUCAGAGUGAGUGUAAUGGUCUCCAUAACUUCUAUGGGAAAUGACCAGAAUUAGGGCUUCAAGGCUCCAUGCUCACUUGUUCAGGACAGUUGUGUCUACACCUAUCUGCAUGACAGUUAGACUUCAAAAGAUUAUUUUUUUUUAAAUUGGCUGACAUCACUUUGUGAUCCUUUCCUUUUUUUUUCGGUAAUGUAAAAAGGGAAUUU